AUGGGCGAGCCGGUCCCGCCACGCUGGGCGGGCCAGCGGCUGGCACGCGCCGGCCACUCCGGCGGCGCGGCGGCCUCAUCGCGCUCGUCGUCUGCGAGGCCACCGCUCGGCGUCGCCGCGUCCGACGGCGAUGGCGCUUGGCUGCGCGCCGACGUGCUGCCCGAGCGCGUUUGGAGGCAGCAGCAGCUCCUCGCGAGGCGCCUUCGGAGGGGAUCGACCAUCCUCCGCAAGCAGGGCUUCGUCGGGCGCGUCUUCGUCGAGCGGUGUGCCUCACUGACCACUCCAGCGCUACGGUCUACGUGGCCGGUGUGGUACUGGGGCUGGGCAGCCUUGGGGCCGGCGGAGACCGCCGUCUAG